UUAGAGGGACUCCGUCAUACGUCACCGCAUAUAAUCGCUUCAACCGCUUCGCUUGCGCGAUCGGCGUGUCCAAUCCAAACCCUAGCCGAUUACGUCUCCCCUGCACCCUACGCAUUCCGUCGCCUCUCCACAGCCAUGGCCAAGAAGCGAAAGCUCGAGAACAAAGCCGAGUCCGCCGAGGACCCCGCCGCUGAAUCCUCGACCCAAGAACCCAGAGACGGAGAAGAACCCAUCAGCCAAGAAGACCUCACCGAGGAGGAACCCAUCGACGAAGAAGAGCCCUUCGAAGAAGAAGAACCCAUCGACGAAGAAUCUCCCGCCGCCGAGGACCAGAUCCCCAAAUCCUCCGCGACUCCCAACCCUAAUCCGCCCCUGUCCGCUAGCGCCGGCAACGGCGUUGCGGGCGACGACGACGAGGACGAGGAGAACGACGCCGCCUCCAUCCAGAAGCUCCUCGAACCCUUCCCCAAGGAUCAACUUGUCGAGAUCCUCCGCGACGCCGCCGUGAAGCACCCCGACGUCCUCGAGGAGGUCCACCGGAUCGCUGACGUUGAUCCCGCCCACCGCAAGAUCUUCGUCCACGGCCUCGGCUGGGACACCAACGCCGAGACCCUCGUUGCCGCCUUCCGCCGAUACGGCGAGAUCGAGGACUGUAACGCUGUUACCGAUAAGGCCACCGGCAAGUCCAAGGGCUAUGGAUUCAUCCUCUUCAAGCACCGGAGCGGCGCCCGCCGUGCCCUGAAGCAGCCCCAGAAGAAGAUUGGCAACCGGAUUACGGCCUGCCAGCUAGCGUCGACUGGCCCUGUGCCGCCACCAGCCCCGCCAGUGUCAGAGUACACCCAGCGCAAGAUCUUCGUCAGCAAUGUCGGGGCCGAGCUCGAUCCCCAGAAGCUGUUACAGUUCUUCUCAAAGUUUGGGGAGGUCGAGGAGGGGCCCUUAGGUUUAGAUAAGGUGACUGGGAAGCCGAAGGGAUUCUGUCUCUUUGUCUACAAGACGGUUGAGAGCGCGAAGAAAGCAUUGGAAGAACCCCAUAAAAACUUCGAAGGCCAUAUCUUGCACUGCCAGAAGGCAAUCGAUGGGCCGAAGCCGAAUAAGCAGGGGUUCCACCUCCAGGUCUCUGGUUCCCAGCAUGCUGGGUUGCAUCAUGGUUCUGGUCAAGGUGGAGCGCAUGGAUCGCUCUUCACGAGGAGUGAGAAUGCUGGGUUUAUAGGUGGGGUGGGGAGUCAUGUGCCUGGAGCAGGGACUUCUGGGCAUUUGAUGGCUCCUUCAGCUGCUGGACUAGGGCUUAACCAGGGGGCACAACCUGCAGCAGCAGCUGCUGCUGCUGCAGCAGCAGGGUUGAGCCCUGCAUUGGGGCAGGCUCUGACUGCAUUCCUUGCCACCCAGGGUGCAGGGUUGGGUUUGACGAACCUUCUAGGCACUCUUGGCUCUGCAGGACUGGGCACACCGGCAGUGAACCAGGUGGUUCCCAGCCCAUUGGUGAAUGCUGCGGGGCAGGGGAUGCAGGGCAAUUAUGGGAAUCAGGUGCCUGCUAUCGGGGGUAACAUGAAUGCUGGAGUGAUGGGAGCUUAUGGUAUGCAGGCUCCAACGCAGGGUGGAUAUGGGAAUGCACAAGGAGCUGGACGGAACCAGCAGGGUCUGGGGCACAUGGGUGGUGUAACACAUUACAUGGGUCAUUAGGUGCGUUUAUCUAUUAAGUUGUGGGCAGAUGAUUCUUCUGGAGUUCCUGCUACUGCGCUCGCACAAAUGCAAUUUUUUCUUUCUAUAGCUACUUUUUACUUUGAACCUUGAGUUUUCUGCCCAAUCACUGGAACUUUGAUUUCUCUUUCGAUCCUUCAAAAUAUGUAGUAUUCUGAGCAACUAUUUCAGUUUCUUAAAAGCCUUUCAAAUGGCUCAUGUGCCUAUUGUAAAAGAGCUUUAUAGAUUUAAAGCGUGUUGACUCAGCACUGUUGGCCUAAUAUUUUGCAAAUUUACUGAUACUAUCAUGUUAUCAUCAA